AUGUCGAACCAAUCGAACGCAUGUACAGGAGCUGAGGGUGUGGCGGAUCGCCGCCAGGCGGAGCUUGCUUCGUCGGCGGCCCCAUCCGGCCCCCCACUGAAGACAACCCGGCGCAUUCACCCGGCUCACGAAUUGGACGAUUCUCCGGUUCUUCCAGCUGCAGAAGGAAGUGCUGCGUCCCCCGGCGGCGAACUGCCGCCGUCGCAGCCUACACUGGACGUCACAACUGGGCGAUGCGGCAUCGAUUCAGGAAUCGAUGAAGCCGCCCUUAGGGAGUUAGAUAGGGCAAAUGGCGCGUCAGGGCCCCCUUCACGUGGGACCAGCCCGCGCGCGCCGAGGCAAAGGCAGUGUUCCACGAGUGUCCCCCGCCCCUCGCCCGCCCCACUCGAUAUGCCAGACAUUUCCGAUGCCGUCUGCGUCUCUGAGUCGGACAGUGACUCCGUCACUGGCUACAUCGACGACAGCGACAUCGCGGAGGGCCUAGAAGAGAGUCUUAUCGCCCUCCGCGACGCCGCGGAAGAGGAGGGACUGCCCCGUGACCCCGCUCUGCGGGCGCGGAUUCUCUUCCCUAACGCCGCUGCCGCUGACGCCGACGGCGACGCCAUGCAAUGCGAGAUGGAGUCGCGUAAGAGGAAACCAGCGGCCGCCUCUUCCGACUCCGAAGCUGCCCCCUCCGAGGCCGCUCGUGGGAAGAAGCAGAAGGCCGCCGCCGACGCUGAGGGCUUCGCCGUCCCCAGGAAGACGGCACCCCGCCGCCGCAUUGUCAAGACAGCGUUCAUCCUUAUGAACAAGCUCGCUCACGGGGGUUUCUACCAAGGGAGAGAGGCGGAUGAGGAGGCCAUACUUGCCUUCUGCAACAUACGCAAAGUUGCGAUUUCGCACACGAGGCAAGAAGAGUCAGGUGUGCCACCGAGAGCCCCGCCGGUCGCACUGCAAGAGUUUGCGGUCCCGGCGGCGGCGGCCUCGGCGGGUGUUGCGCUGCUGGCCUCGACCACGCAAGAGGUCGAUGUGCCCCCGGUUGCCCCACUGGCCCCACUGACACGUGAAGAGCCCGUGGCUGCGCUUGUCUCUGCCCCGUCCUGCGCUGGUGUAGCACCCGCGGUCUGGACGGAGACGCAGUCAACAGGACAGACCACCGAAAUGGACACAGUCGACCUGCCAGACGCGAACCUAGCCGAGGCCAUAGCCGAGGCGGAACGUCGCGACACUGACACAGACGCUACCCGCGCGCCCAGAAAGCGCCGGGCACUGACUACCGACGACUCUGACGCAACAUCACAGGCAUCUGACGCUGCGAGACCGCGGAAGAAGGCCCCUAGAGCCUCCCGCGUCCCUGCCGCGGUGUCUGGGAACACCGCUGCGGGCUCCUCCCGGAGCACCGCCAACCAGAGACCGAAGAAGAAAACACAGCGACCCCCAAGUUCGUCAGCUGCCUCACGGCUGCCUGACGCGGAGGGCUUUGUUGCCCCACCUAGGCGGCACACUGCCAGGGCCGCUGCACUGCAGCAAACGCAGCCGUUGCCGACGGCCAACAUGUUCGCGGCCGCCAACAUUGAUGACGAAGAUGAGGGCGACGCGCCGCCGGCGCCGCCCCAGAAGAAACCGCCGCCUAUUGUUGUCCAAUGGGACGGCAACUACAAAGAAUUCCAAAACAAACUUGACAGAGUGGCCACGACCACGACUGUCAAGAACGCCGGACGUGACCUUUACAAGGUCACAGUCGCCACAAAUGAAGAGUACCGCGCGGUGAUGGACACCGUCUGCAAGGACGGCCUCCCGGGUCGAACGCAACAGAGAAGAGGAACUGCUCCUUCCCGCAAGACGCGCCCGUCAACGAGCUUUGCCGCCGCCACCAAGGGCGGUCCACCAGCCGCCUCCACCCGCCGACCGGAGCAGGACACGGGCGAGAAGCAGCAGCCGACUGCGUCGUCCACGGCUUCGCCUGCGGGGGUGGCAAACCCCGCACCCACGCCUGGGGAGCGGGAUGCCGCCCCGCGCAGGCGUCGCCGGCGCACGGCCCGAGCCUCCCCAGCCGCUACGCAACGACCUGCCGCCGACACCUUGCCGCAGCAGACGUCAGCAGAUCGUGCUGAGCCGCGACCGCGACCGACCGCCGAUGCUCCACGACGGUCGACAACCCCGGAGCAGCUGCAGCCAGCUGCUCCAGUGGCGGAGGCCGCCCCAGCGGCCCCCACCGCCUCCAUUGCUCCCGAUGCAGCUGAACUCCG